AUGUGCCGACGCACCAUUAGUUCGUACGCAUCGCUGCCGAGAGGAGCGACGAUGUUCUUCCAGGAAGAUACGACGGUAAUUGAGCUGAGACGCCGGCUCGGCUCGUUGCUGACCGAAAAGUAUGGAACCCACUUCAAUUUGCUGCGUUGGACGAAACUGGAACACGGCAACGUAAGCGAGACCUACCUCCGACUGAAGCAACACCUGAUCAUCAGGCGACACUUUCGCUUAGACCAUAUCGUCGAGGAGAUGCCCGACAAUGACCUCAUAUGCAAAUAUUAUCCGCUGUCGUACAUCGGUCCCUGCGGUAAGGGCAACAACCAUCUGUUAGUUAUGGACGAGCUGGGGAGAGUAGACCUCCGUGGCCUUAGCCAAUGCGUGUUCCUCGAGCAGUUGUACGAGAAAAUGAACGUUAUUGAACACGCGACCGGUUCCCAAGCAGGAGUCGUAUACGUCGUUGAUCUGGACGGCCUGAAAUUGGACCUUGCCCUAAUUGGCAUGGUGAACAUGUUCCGAACGUGGUGGACUGUGCUCGGCGACAAUUAUGUUGGAUGGGUAGAACAGUGUUUUCUCAUCAAUACUCCAUGGUUUUUCGGCAAAGUGUGGAAUAUUUUCUUGGCGGCUCUACCGCAGUUAACCAGUAUGCCAAUAUGCAUCUUAGGAAAGGACUGGCACAAAGAAUUGUUGAAAUUCGUGGAAGCCGAUCAGCUGCCAAAGUACUGGGGCGGAAACAUGGUCGACGAGAAUGGUGACGAAAGGUGCUCUAGUAAAAUUCAAUAUCCGCUGUCUGAAAAGAUCCCAAAAAAGCUGUAUUGGAAAUCACAAAUAUCCGGUGACUACUUCAACGAUUAUCAGAUACUGUCAGUUUCAGCUGGUGCUAAGACAAAUCUCACGUUCCAUGUAAAGGAAGCGGACGUCACAAUUCGGUGGAACAUGUACGCUAACGAAGACUACGGAUUUGUGCUGCGCUUCUCCGAAAACGCCGCAUCUGACGUCAAUGAUAUUCUUUACCCGUAUCUUGAUUAUCCGGGAAAAGUGGCACCGUCUGACCAAUCGCUGUAUCAUUCGGGCACUGGCUUUUACUACUUUUGCUUCGUCAACAACGCAUGGAUUCAAUCAGCUAACAUCAAAUACCAGAUCGAAUUCGUCAGUAAGAGUGGGCAGCCAGCAGAUGUAAUGAAGCUGACGUAA